CGACCGUAAAAGUUAAAACGUAAACUCAGUUUUUUUGUUUUGUAAGCAGGGUAUAGUUUUCGGGAUUUUAGUUUUCCAUUGGUUUUAUUAAAAAUAAGUUGCUUAUAAGUUGCACAGAAUACAGACUAUACGUUCUUGAUAGAAAAUAAUGAGCGCAGGAUACGAUUAUGUUUUAUCUGAUGCACCGAUACCAUUGUUUUGUUUUGGUUUAUGGUCAUACCGAUCAAAACAGUGCAGAUUGCCGCUCAGGUGCGCACGACAAAUGGUGGCACGGUAAGACGAUGCGAGUGCUUUUAUGGAUUCACCCGAUCCAAGGACACUUCGUUGAAACGACUGUAAAUCCAGCGCACAACUAAAUGAAAGCUCUGUAAAGACAACCAAGUUCUUCGAUAUCGGAUCUUCGCAAGGGAUGUGAGUGAAGCCAUCGGCCCAUCACGAGAUUCGGAAAACUGAUUUAAAUAUGGACGCUGGUGGCAGCUUGCGGGAGCGAGGACGCCGCGAUGGAUCGUCGAAAUCGGAUGAUCAUUCAAACCCCCGCGCUGAAGCCAAAGACAUCAAGGAUGGUGAUGCAGCGGACGGGCACUGUCGAAAAAUUUACGGAAUAAUUUUCGUUAUAUUACUGAUUGAUCUCUUGGCAUUUACUUCCAUUUUACCGCUUAUGCCAGCGUUACUGGAUUUUUAUGGGAAAGAUGGCCAGGAUGUUACAUAUAAUGUGAUCCAGCAGUGUAUCGCAAAACUCCAAACAUUUUUGGGAAUUGCUGAUUUGCAAAAAUUCAGCUCGGUGUUGUAUGGAGGAAUUUUGGGAUCACUGUUUUCCCUCCUGCAGUUUCUGGCUUCUCCUUUAGUGGGAGCGCUGUCGGACGUGUACGGCCGGAAGCCCUUGCUGUUACUAACAACAAGUGGAAUUGCUGUUUCGUACUUGAUCUGGGCAUUGUCUUCGAGUUUCACCAUGUUCAUUGUGGCCAGAAUAGUGAUGGGUUUGAGUAAAGGCAAUAUCGGGCUCGGAACCGCAGUUGUGACGGAUGUGUCCACCGUGCAAACCCGGGGCAAAGGCAUGGCGCUGGUUGGAGUGGCUUUCUCAGUUGGAUUUAUAGUCGGUCCGAUGAUUGGAGCACUGUUUUCAUCCUACGCACAACGAAACAAUUUGUCCCUUUUUUACAUCUACGCAGCCCUUUUUGCGUUGGUGCUGGAAGUUGCCGAUUUAUUGGUUGUGUGGUUCGCAUUGCCCGAGACGCUGCCGAAACAUAAACGAGCGAAAUCGUUAAUACACAAUCUUAAGGAAGCUGUGUAUCUUAUCGAUCCCCGACAUUUGUUCAACUUUACCGCUGUAAAAGAUCUCAGCAACGCUGAUCGAGUGUGGAUACGGAAGAUUGGACUGACAAAUUUCCUGUUUCUCUUCUUUUUCUCUGGGUUGGAGUUUACUUUGACAUUUCUUACCCACACCAGAUUUAACUAUACCAGCAUGCAACAGGGCCGUUUAUUCUUAUUUGUGGGAAUCAUCAUGAUUCUGGUGCAAGGCGGAUUCGUCCGGCGCUUAAAACCAGGAAGCGAGAAGAGAACGGCAUUGAUGGGAUUGGCUCUAGUUGUACCUGCAUUUGUCAUUAUCGGAAUCGCUAACAGUCAGGGUGUGAUGUAUUUUGGAUUAUGUUUGUAUUCAUUUGGUUCCUCCACUGUUGUGCCUUGCCUGAUGACCAUGAUUUCUAAAUAUGGGCGAGAUGAUCAAAAGGGCACCAUUAUGGGGAUCUUCCGCUCUUUGGGCGCUUUUGCCCGAGCGACUGGUGUGCUUCCAGCGUCUGUUCUUUACUGGAUCUUGGGACCAACGUUUACCUAUUGUAUUGGCGGUUUGAUGUUACUUUUGCCGUUCUGUGUCCUAAAAUAGUGUCAUUCCUAUUUGAAUUCUUUUUGUCUGGUUUAGCUCGUUUGUAUAAAUUUAUAUUUUAAUAUAUAUUCGCAUACAUUUUUUAUUUUUAUAUGUUUAUGUAUAUCUGCCAUAAGAAACUUGAGCAUAAUGUCACCGGAACUCACUGGAAGACUUUGGGGCGCCGUCAGGCUAUCUUUAAUAAACACUAACAACAUGA